CUCUUUCUGUCUCACACACAGUUCGAACAUUUCGUCAAAAACUUUCCCUUCGAAAUUCGUUUGCUAAAUGCCUAGAGAUCAUUAGUGCCGGUGCAGCAUGCAGAUGGGCUACAAGCUGCGCCGGGUGCCGCAGCAGCGUCGCCUGGUCCGUCAUCUGAUGCGCAUCAUCCUGGAACUGCUGCAGAGCACGCAGCGCCCGAUGCGCGACACGGAAAUCAUCUCGACGCUGGCCGCGCGCCUCCGACGUAGCGACCCGGAAUUUCAGCGCCAGGUGGCUCUCAAUCUCGAGGAUGCGGUCAGCUACGGCAUACUGAAGCGCCAGCUGAACGUCUACUCCCUGCGCUCCAAGCAGUUGUCGCUGAUCGUGGAGAACCUAGCGCCUAGCAGCGGACGAAGUCAGCGCUGAACAUCGGCUCAGUAUACCACUAUAUACUGAUGAUGGUCUGAGGAGCACAUUCAAUUACACCCGAGUACAUCGAUAUAUUUUUAAGAGAUCCAGUACAAAUUAAAAUUAUCGAUAUAUAUAAAUCGCUAAGCUCGGCUUUAGUUUGUGGAAAGAAGUUCAAAUAAAAUCGCAAAAUAUGUUGACAGCACAGUAAAAGAAAGUUGUA